AUGGCUUCAGAUGCAAACCGGGACAUCUCCAUGGGCUCUUCUCCGCCCGGUUCCGCGACUGACGACGAGCCCAAGUACGGCGGCUACUCGCGCUUCGAGAUUGAGCUCGAGUUUGUUCAAUCGCUCGCCAAUCCCUACUACCUGAACCAUCUCGCAUCGCAGAAGCUCCUCACCCAGCCCGCCUUCAUCGCCUACCUUGCCUAUCUGCAAUACUGGUCCAAGCCGCCGUACCUCAAAUAUCUUACUUACCCCGGGCCGACGCUGCGACACCUCGAGUUGUUGCAGCAGGAGAGGUUCAGGCAGGACAUUAUGAGCCCGGAUCUGGUCCAGCGACUCGUCGAGGAUGAGAUGAAGGCGUCGGUGCAGUGGCAUCGCGAGCCUUGA